AGCAUGAAGUUCCAACAUGAAGCUCGCGAUUUUGGCAUUCGUGACUGCUGUGUCGGCUGGUCCACAGGGAUAUCUCCCGCCGCCGCCUUUCCGACCAUCCGUUCCUUACCCCUCCUCCUCUCACUUUCGCCCAUCCUCCUAUAGCCCAACCUCUCACAUUCACUCAUCCUCUUAUAUCCACCCAUCCUCUCGUUUCCACUCAUCCUCUUAUAUCCACCCAUCCUCUCAUAUCCCCUCACCCUCUUAUUUUAGCCCAUCUUUCCGCAUCGGCAGUUGCAGCUAUGGGCAAGUGCGACACGUGGAUGGGAGCUGUGUCACGCCCCAAGUGACCCAACGUUCGUUUUUCUACGAUGCCCCAAGGACUUAUCCCACUGUUAGGCGUCCUUAUUACCUUCCACAGCCCAAAGUGGAACGCAAUGUCGUUUUCGUGAGGCUGCCCGAAGAUGACCAGGGACCUGAUCCGAUCAUCGUACCUCCUCCACAGCAGCAACAGGUCGUGUACGUCCUCAACAAGCAGACGGAGCAAGACCAGAGAGUGAUCGAAGUGCCAGCACCGCCGCCGACGGAGCCUGAAGUGGUGUUCGUGAACUAUGAGGAUGGCGAGAACCCGAUCCUUCCCUCCGGGGAAGACCUCCACUCGGCUCUGACUACGGCUUCCCAUGGCGCUGGUCACGUUGUGGGACAUGGCGGGAUUGGAGGAGUUGGUGGAAUCAGUGGAAUCGGACACGGAGUUGGAGGGAACUUUGGAGGUUUCGUCGGAGGCGGCGUUGGAGGCGGUUAUAGCACGCCCUCCAGUCUCUACAACGCACCGUAGAGGAGCGUGAUUCUCUUAUCAAAACCUGGAGGAAUAACAUAUCU